AUGCCGUUGUCGAUAGGCGACGAUUAUUCGUAUUCGCCACGGCCCUUUGUCGUGGCGUCUGCUGCAGCUGCCCUUCCGACCUUGUCGGCCCCAGAACCGGCGGCUGAGGGGAUGGUGCCUCCUCACGCACCACGGUCUGCGCCGUCGUCCGUGACUCAGGCUGGCCCGGUCCCUGCGCCUGCUGUGGCGCCCGCUCCUGUCGUGGCGUCGUUAACUGCGCCCGCUGUGGCGCCUGGUCCCCCACCUGCGUCAGCGCCUGCUCACGCGCACGCCUCGGCGUCAGCUCCUGCGUCCGCUCCCGCGCCCGCUGCGGCGUCUGAUACUGCGCAUCUUCCUGAGCCUGCCCUGGUGGUUCCACUUGUCCCCGCGGAGGUGCCUCCAUCCGCGCCUGUUGUCGCGGCGUCGUUGACGGCUGUUGGGGCAGCCCUCCUGCCGCCACUGGCUGCGCCCGCCGUGGCUCCUUCUGCUGCUGCGGCGGGCCCGUCUUACCAGCCACCUCUAACCACCAACGCCGGCCCGAGCCUGGCGGAGGUGCAGUCGACGCCUGUGGCGCCUCCGGUUGCUCCGACCGGGCAGCCUCGUCGCCCUCAGUCACCUGGCCGCCGCCCGUCCCGUCCUCAUUCGCCUCUCCUGCAUGAUGAGAGGGAAUCGUCGCGGCGCCGACAGGAUUCUCCUCGGGGCCGCCGAUCCCAGGGGAACUGGACCGCGCGUCGCGGCGGUCGUGAAAUCCGACAGCUGGUAACGUCGGCGGUGCGUGACGCUCAAGCUGACGUGGCGGGCCCGAAUCACCCGCAGCAUGCGGCGCCACGUCCUGGCGUUCCUUCUCCAGCUGCCCGUCCUGCCGCUCCUUCUCCUCGCGCUCCCGUGCCAUCUGUUGCUGCACGUGGGAACCGUCUGCGCCUGCCGUGGGUUCCUCCUGUGGCGGGCGUGGAGUUCGUGUCUUUGGGGGGAGGACCGGUGACUCCGCAGUAUCCAACUCUACUGCCUGUGGCUCCUGCUCCUGCGUAUGCUGAUCUUCCAGUGCACCCGCUUGUGGGGCCAUCUCCUUCGGCGGAUGUGCCUGAGGCGUCCCUGGGGCAGCUUUGGCGCCUCUCUGAGGGUUUGCGGGCCGUUCACUUGAUCCAGGUGUAUUGUCACGCGGCACUUUCUCGCGGCGUGCCUCUGGAAGGCGGCCCUCUGGACGAGUGCUCGGAUGCCUCUGACCGGCUUGCCGAGCUCCUUGCGUCCGUGUUGGCUGCGCCCGCGCGGGGUGGAGUUGCGGGCGUUGGACAGCUUGGGACUGCGCUCCGUGGUCUGCGCCGGGCGGUGCGCGCAGCGACUGCAGUCGACCUGAUCGGCGCAACCACAGUGGUGGUGCGCGAGCUUCAUCGCUCGUUGACGGGCUUGCUUGCCGUCCUUGAUGCGGAUCAGAUGUAG